GAGGAAGAAGCCGGCUUUGUGAAGACACGUCCAGCCUUGGGGAAAGACCUUUUAUUUUGUAGUUGGAGCUGGAAAAUCGUCUUUGGAUAAUUUGUUUUUCAACGUGUUUGUUUUGCGAUGCUGGGACUUUUAUUUCAGUGACAAUCGUUUGAAAAAAAAGAAAAAAGCCCUUAAAUUUAAUUUCUCUUUGUGGAAGACUUAGAUUCAUUCGUUUCAAGCGGUGGAUAUCUUUUUCUCUCGGAGAACAAUCCUUUUUUCACUGAGAAGGGCUUUUAUUUUUGCCAAUAGUUGGUCUUUGGCUUGUUAGUUUUGGCGGCCAUUAUAAAUCAUCAAACCAGGGUCAUGUGAGCAACAAUUCGUCCGGCCGUGGAUCUUGAUCACCUGUUGAACUGGAUCACCUAUCAGUACGCCAAAGCAAAGUCCUUCUCUGAGCCUCACAAGUUUCUGUAACUCUGCCGAGCUCACAGCCAUGUUACGUUGCGUUCUUCAGCGAGCGAACAACCUCAGACACGCUGACCCUCUGGCUAGUGUCACAUUCAGAGGGUCUAAGAAGAAGACAAAGAUCAUCAAGAACAACCCUAACCCUGUUUGGAACGAGGGUUUUGAAUGGGAUCUGAAGGGGAUUCCUCUGGAUUCUGGAGCAGAGCUACACUGUGUCGUCAAAGACCAUGAGAAGAUGGGCAGAAACAGGUUUCUGGGGGAAACCCGGCUGGCUCUCAGAGACGUGCUCAACUCUCCCAACCUGGCCGCCACCUUCACCGUCUCCCUGCUGGACACGAAGAGAAACAACACAGGGGCCACGCUGACCCUGCAGGUUUCCUACAUACCUCCUGCAGGAGCGGCUCCGAUGUUUCAUUCUACUCCCCACGCGGAAACUUUGCCCUAUAACAACCCCAAUGUGGAGCUGGACACUGUCACAAUGAUUUCUCUGGACACUUUGGGCGAGGAGGAUACCGAGAGCAUGAUGAUGCUGGAGCCGACAGAGGACCAGGGUCCCGACGACGGACGCUCCAUGGUCAUCGUCGGUCCUCAGGGGCCCUCGGGCCAGGAGUCCCCUACCGCUCAGACACCUAAACGCUCGCCCCCAUCCUACAACACCCAUGGAGGGCUGAGGAAACGGAGGAGAGGAGCCAGCAGUCAGCCCAAACCGCUGCCCAACAAACCACAGGACUUACAGGUUCGUGUGCGGAUCAUCGAGGGCCGACAGUUGCCGGGCAUCAACAUCAAGCCUGUUGUCAAGGUAACGGUAGCCGGGCAGACCAAGAGGACCCGCAUCAGAAAGGGAAACAACCCCGUCUUUGAUGAGACUUUCUUCUUGAACUUCUUUGAGACGCCUUCAGACUUGUUUGAUGAACCCAUCUUCAUCACUGUGUGCGACUCUCGCUCACUCAGAACUGAUGCUGUGAUCGGUGAAUUCAAGUUGGAUGUGGGCACCGUCUACAAUGAGCACAGACACUGCUUCUUGAGGAAAUGGCUACUGCUGUGCGACCCCGAUGACCUCUCUGCCGGGGUCAAAGGUUACCUUAAGGUCAGCCUGCUGGUAUUGGCAGCUGGAGACGAGCCACCGGCUGAUAAACGCGAGUGUGUGGAGGAUAAAGAAGACAUAGAAGGAAACCUGCUGAGACCGGCUGGUCUGUCUCUGAGAGGAGCAACUUUCACCCUGAGGAUCUUCAGAGCUGAAGACCUGCCGCAGAUGGACGAUGCCUUCAUGGACGGGAUGAGGCAGAUUCUUGGCUUUGACAGCAACAGGAAGAACCUGGUGGAUCCUCUGGUGGAGAUCCACUUUGCUGGCAAAACUGUGUGCACUAAGAUUCUGGAGAAGAAUGCCAAUCCACAAUGGAACCAGAGUCUGGUCAUGCCUAUUAGGUUUCCCUCCAUGUGUGAGAAGAUGAGGAUCAGAAUUCUGGACUGGGACAGAGCCAGUCACAAUGAUGUCAUCGGCACCACCCACCUCUGCAUGUCUAAGAUCUCCGCGCCCGGUGGUGAGAUAGAUGAUGACUUGACUCCACGGAACUUCCACUCUGGCAUUGACGACAGUCUUGGUUUCCUGCCAACGUUCGGUCCCUGUUUUGUGAACCUGUAUGGCAGCCCCAGAGAGUUCAGCGCCUUCAACGACCCACACGAAGCACUCAAUCUUGGAAAAGGGGAGGGCGUGGCCUACCGAGGUCGAGUUUUACUGGAAGUAACUACAAAACUGGCGAACAAGCCGGAGCCGAAAACUGGAGACAUACCGUCAGAUGACCUGCUGGUGGUGGAGAAGUUCCUCAGGAAGAGGAAGUUCUCUCUCUUCGUGGCAUUUUACUCGGCCACGCUCCUCCAGGAUGUCGACGACGCCAUCCAGUUUGAGGUCAGCAUCGGUAACUACGGCAACAAGUUUGACUACACCUGCCUCCCUCUGGCCUCCACCACUCAGUUCAGCAGGGCUGUGUUUGACGGUUGCCACUACUACUACAUCCCGUGGGGGAACAUUAAACCAGUGGUGGUUCUGUCCUCAGAGUGGGAAGAUAUCAAACCGAGGAUCGAGGCCCUCAACAUGCUGCUGGCCGCCAUAGACAGAUUGGAGGCAAACCUGCAGAGGGUGCAGCUGGAGGUGAAGGCAGGCACUGAUCUGGAUGACGUGGAGCUCCGAGUGGUCGAGCUGUUGGAUCAGAUCAUCACAGACUGCAGUGAAGAGCUGCCGUCUCUCGACCAGUGGCAGUGUGCGACCCCUCUGGACCGCUCGCUGAGGCACGUUCGGACUCUCCACCUGCAGCAGAUCGUUGCGGCUGCGCAGGCUCUCAAGCACGGCCCUGCCACCGAGCUCUCCACAGUGAUGGAGCAGGCAGAGGACUGGGCCGCCAGACUGAGGACAAUGGCCGAGGAGCCUCAGAACAGUCUCCCAGACAUAGUGAUAUGGAUGCUGCAGGGCGACCGCAGGGUGGCGUACCACCGCAUCCCCGCACACACUGUGAUCUUCUCCCAGCAGCACUGUGGGAAACACUGCGGACAGCUGCAGACUGUCUUCCUCAGGAACCCACAGGGCAGCGGCGGAGAGGCCAAACUUCCCGGACAGCUGAGGGUCAAAGUCUGGUUUGGAUUGGCGGCUGAUGUCAAACACUUCAACCAAUACGCUGAAGGGAAACUGUCGGUCUUUGCUGAGACGUAUGAGAACCAGACACGACUCGCCCUGGUGGGCAGCUGGGGAACUACAGGUCUGACCUACCCCAAGUUCAGUGAUGUCACUGGAAGAAUUAAACUGCCCAAAGAGAGCUUCAAGCCCUCUCCUGGCUGGGCCUGGGCCGGAGACUGGUACAUCAGCCCCGAGAAGACAAUGCUGUAUGACGUGGACGCCGGCCACAUGACCUACUCAGAGGAAGUCUUUGAAAACCAGAUGAGGUUGCCGGGCGGACAGUGGAUUGGCAUGCCGGAGGGGUACACUGACGUGAAUGGGGAGAAGGCGGUGCCAAAGGACGAGGUGGAGUGUCCUGCAGGUUGGGUAUGGGAGGAGGUGGAGUGGUGCGAAGAUCUCAACAGGGCUGUGGAUGAUCAAGGCUGGGAGUACGGCCUCACCAUCCCUCCGGAUCGCCGUCCCAAGUCGUGGGUGCCGGCAGAGAAGAUGUACCACACCAACCGAAGACGACGAUGGACGCGAAUGAGACGGCGAGACCAGCAGAGGAUGGAUGCUCUCCGCAAGCAGCGGCCGGACGAGGCGGACAGGGAGGGCUGGGAGUACGCCUCGCUGUUCGGCUGGAGGUUCCACUUGAAGCCGAGGAAGACGGACAGCUUCAGGAGACGCAGGUGGAGGUAUCGCAUGGAGCCGCUGGAGAAGACGGGACCCGCCGCCAUCUUUGCUCUGGAGUGUUCUCUGAGCAGUAUCGAGGACAAGAACGAUGACAAGUCCGUCACGACCACGUUCGGAGUCAACAGACCAACAAUUUCCUGUUUCUUUGACCGCGGCACCCGCUACCACCUGCGCUGCUAUCUGUACCAAGCCAGAGACCUGCCGGCCAUGGACAAGGACAGCUUCUCAGACCCCUACGCCAUUGUGUCCUUCCUCCAUCAGUCCCAGAAAACCGUGACGGUGCGCAACACAUUGAAUCCCACCUGGGACCAGACCCUCAUCUUCUAUGAGGUGGAGAUUUUUGGCGAUCCUGACGCCACGAUGGCCACUCCGCCCAACGUCGUGGUGGAGCUUUACGAUCAAGAUACAUACGGUGCAGAUGAGUUCAUGGGCCGCUGUGUGUGCCAGCCCUCCCUGACUGCCUCUCCCCAUCUGGCCUGGUUUCCGAUUCGCCGAGGGGAUAAGAGCGGCGGCGAGCUAUUGGCCGCCUUCGAGCUGAUAUGCAGAGAAAAGCAAGCAGUUCACCAUAUUCCAGGUCAAGAGGGAGACAUCCUGACCGGCUGCCACGUUCUGGACGAGUUGAUGUUUCCAGGAUUCCUCUCUGAAAACCUUCAGCAAUGGCCGGAGGAGUCAGACCUUCCUCACCUACCCCCCCAGAGAGAGCCCAACGUCUUCAUGGUCCCUCAGGGAAUCAAACCUGUUCUGCAGAGAACCGCCAUCGAGAUCUUAGCGUGGGGCGUUCGCAACCUGAAAAGUUUCCAGUUGGCGAGCAUUACCUCCCCGAGCCUGCAGGUGGAGUGCGGCGGCGUCAUGGUCCAGAGCUGCGUCAUCCGCAGCAUGAAGAAGAAGCCCAACUUUGACGUCAACACGCUCAUCCUUGAUGUGCGUCUCCCCUGCGAGGAGCUCUACAUGCCGCCGAUCAUCAUCAAAGUCAUCGACAACCGUCAGUUUGGGAGGAAGCCAGUGGUCGGUCAGUGCACCAUCCGGUCGCUGGAGGAGUAUCGCUGCAGCCUAGAGGAGGAGCAAGAGGUGGAGGCGGAGGACGAGGACAAGGACUGGAGACGUGAGACGUCCCACUUUGUUUCUGGGGAGGUUUUUAUUGACAUCGAUGACGAGGAGCCGCUCAUGCCUGACCAGCUUGCAGAUGGAUCCGGUUCAGCAAUCAUUAACCUUUCCGCCUCUACUUCCAGCCUCCAUAUGUUGCAGUGGGAAGAGGAGUUCAUGGACUGGUGGAGUAAGUUCUACGCCUCGACCGGAGAGAAAAACAAGUACGGGACGUACCUGGAGAGAGGCUUCGACAAGCUGAAGGUGUUUGACCAGGAGUUGGAGAAGGUGGAGGGCUUUGAAGGUCUCUCAGAUUUCUGUCAGACGUUUAAGCUGCACAGAGGAAAGACUCAGGAUGAAGGAGAAGAUCCUUCGGUGGUAGGAGAGUUCAAGGGUAUGUUCAAGAUCUACCCACUACCAGAGGACCCCUCUGUCCCCGCUCCCCCCAGACAGUUCAGAAAGCUUCCUCCCAACGGCAUUGAGGAGUGUUUGGUGCGGAUCUACAUCGUCCAGGCUCAAGGACUGCAGCCCAAAGACACCAACGGGAAGUGUGACCCCUAUGUGAAGAUCGCUUUGGGGAAAAAGACCAUCAACGACCAUGAAAACUACAUCCCAUGUACUCUGGACCCCGUCUUUGGAAAGAUGUUCGAGCUUACAUGUUCCCUCCCUCUGGAGAAGGACCUUCGGGUGAUGCUGUACGACCACGACAUGCUGACCAAAGACGAGAAGAUCGGAGAGACGGUGAUCGACCUGGAGAACCGCUUUCUGUCCAAGUACGGGGGCAGGUGUGGUCUGCCACAGUCCUACUGUGUGUCGGGGGUAAACCAGUGGCGAGACCAGCUGAAACCCAGCCAGCUGCUGUGCAGAGUAUGUGAGCGCCAAAACCUGCGCAAGCCCGUCUACCAAGACAACGUGGUCCACUUCAGAGGAGACCGAUACACCGCUGCAGACCUUGAGGACAAAAAUGUGUCUAAACGUCACCUCGGUUCAAUUAAGGAGCGGCUGUCCCUCAUCAUCUUGAGGAAAAUGGGAUUUGUACCUGAACAUGUGGAGACCAGACCACUGUACAGUCCACUGCAGCCCGACAUAGAGCAGGGCCGUCUGUUGAUGUGGGUGGACCUGUUCCCCAAGUCCCUGGGACCCCCUGGACCUCCGUUCAACAUCACACCACGCAAGGCUAAGAAGUUCUUCCUGCGUUGCAUCAUCUGGAACACCAGCGACGUCCUCCUGGACGAUGUCAGCGUCAGCGGGGAGAAAAUGAGUGACAUCUACGUUAAAGGCUGGCUCGACGGACACGAGCACAACAAGCAGAAGACCGACGUCCACUACCGCUCUCUGGGCGGAGAGGGAAACUUCAACUACAGAUUCCUGUUUCCUUUCCACUAUUUACCUGCAGAACAACGCUGUACCGUCAACAGGAAGGAACAUUUCUGGAGUCUGGAUAAAGCUGAGACUAAACUGGCCCCUGAACUCACCAUCCAGAUCUGGGACAAUGACAAGUUCUCCUUCGACGACUACCUCGGUCACCUGGUGUUGAACCUGAACCAAAUGCAGCGUCCGGCCAAGUCUCCAGAAAAAUGCACCUUGCAGCUGCUGAGCCAGCCGACGGACAGACUGGUGUCUCUGUUCGAACAGAAGACCGUCAAAGGAUGGUGGCCCUGCACCUACGAGCAAAACGGAGAGAAGAUCAUUGCUGGGAAGGUGGAGAUGUCUCUGGAGAUCGUGACGGAGCAGGAGCACGAAGAGAGGCCAGCUGGCGUCGGCAGAGACGAGCCCAACAUGAACCCUCACCUGGAGGAACCCCAGCGUCCAGAGACCUCCUUCCUUUGGUUCUCCUCCCCCUAUAAGACCCUCAAGUUCAUCCUGUGGAGGCGGUUCAAGUGGUUUAUCAUCCUCUUUAUCAUCCUCUUCUUCAUCUUCCUCUUCUUUGGCGUCUUCCUCUACUCCUUCCCGAACUACGCUGCUAUGAAGAUGGUGGGACCUUUUGGACCAGCCAAGGCAGCAGAGUGAUGAUGGAGGAGACCAGGAACAAAAAAACAUGGAGGAAAGGAAACAGAAAAAAAGCCGACACAAU